AGAAUUAUUUAUUUGUGGACUAAUAUAAUACCAUAAUUACAAUCAUUAAUUAUGUGCCUAAUAUUUCUCAUACAACCAUAAUGGGAUGGUUAACAACUAUUAAUUAUUUAGAGGCACAUGAGAGCACCCAUAUGACUAUAAUUGGCCCAUUGAGUUAUAGUCCACCAUCAAUUAGUCCUUAUUAACCCAAUAAACUAUAUAACCCUUUAGGGUUAGAUGGGUAUGUGAAAAAAUAUACAUGUAUAUUAAGGAUGAAAAGUGUGUGUUAAGGAUGAUGGUUAGACAUAAGUGGGUUUGCUCCACAAUUGUCUCUUGAUUACUCUUCACUCUCUAGCAUAUUGUUUUGUGUGUUUUGGACUUAGAUAUUGAUCAAUGGCUCAAUAUGAUGGGAUGAGCAAUAUGGGAAGUAUGUUUUCUUAACCAUUAAUGCUCUAAAUAAAUGCUUGGAUCUUGGAUAGUUGUAAGAGCAUCAUUGGAUUAAUAUAUUUGAUUAUAGUGAUUAUAAUGCUCUUGUUUGAAUAUUCCUUUAACAAUUGGUAUCUAGAGCCAAAGCUAUUAAUUUUAGAGCUUAAUAUUUGUUGUGCUUAACCCAUUUAUUCAAAAAAUAAAUUUUCGGAUUAAUAACACAUUUUCGGAUUUAUAUGUUAUUAAUGGGUAAUCUGAGAUUAAAAUUUUAGAAUGAGUUUUUUUUAAAGUUUUGGACGGUUAUUGCAUGUUUGUAUUGUAAGAUUGCAUUUUUUUGUUGAGUUCAUUAAUGGAGGAAAACCCAUUUCGGGUUCAUAGUAUCUUGGCCAUUAUUUUGAAUUUUUUGGAUUAAAUGGGUAUUGGAUUGUGAUAGAGGGUUGAAAAUGGAACAAAACCCCUCAAGCGGCGUCAAAUUUGGUGGCCGGAGGUGGUUUAUCCGGCCGGGUCACGAACCGGGUCGCGCCGAUCCGAGUUGCAGACCCGCGGACCCGUUACAGAAAUUUUUGGGUGACAGGGGUGGUAAAAACGACAUGUCGUUUUGCCACUGUCGGGCAAACGACGUGUCGUUUCGCACAUCAGAAAGCCCCCUUUUUUGCAGCAAACGACAAGUCGUUUGGGAUAUCUGCUGCAUGUCGUUUUCAAAAAACGACAUGUCGUACGACACUGUUAAAAAAAAAAAAAAAGGAGGAAAGGUGGAAGCGCGUGGGGGCGCGUGCACAGCCUAUUUUGGGCCCUUUUUCACCAUUUUGUUCCAUUUUUAAUUUUUUUAUCAUUUACUUGUAUGCACAAUACUAAUUCAUGAAUUUUAUUCAUAUUUGUCAUUAAUUUUUAUAUUGUAGCAUAAACUUUAUUUAUUUUUCUAACAAUUAGUGCUUAUUUUCUUACCUAUCGUAAGAUUAAGCAUGGAAUUGUUUGGUCAUGAGGAACAUUUAAAUAUUAACUUAUUUAAAUUUUGUAAUUUCCUCCAAAAUUUUAUUAAGAUCCUUAUAAGUAAUUAAUUAUCCUAUCGGUAAUAAUUGCUUGCUAAGGAUGCUUAAUAUGGUGAAGAAAAUUUAUUAAAUAUUAUGAAUCACAAUUUAUCUAUCCUUUCGAUAGUAAAUUAAUGUAUUUGAUUAUAAUAUUUAAUAGAUUGUUCUUACCUGUGUAUGAGUUCUACUUUAUUUAUUUGUCUAAGAACUCUAGCAUACAUGAUGAUCAUUUGUUAUUUUGCGAUCAUUUAUUUAUGAGAGAAAGAGCACAAAUGACAUGAUUUUGUUAUAACAUGCAUUUAAUGGUUAUUGCUCUUGUUUCUCAUUCAGCUUUAAGCGUUCCAAGAAACUCUGCCAUGUUGACGCUAAAUGGAACCAACCACAAGCAGUGGGUUGAAUCCCUCAUGCUAAAUUUGACUCUUAUGAGAGUGGACUUGGCCUUGAGAAUGGAUGCACCGCCUAAACCCGCUGAUGAUGCCACUGAAAAGGACAAGAAGUCCUAUGAGGAUUGGGAGCAUUCCAAUCGUUGUUGUUUGAUGCUUAUGAGGUAUCACAUGGAUGAGUCCAUUCGUGAUAGUAUUCCUCAAACUGAAAAUGCAAAAGAUUUUCUUGCUGUCAUUAAGGAAAAGUAUAAGAAGUUCUCAAAGAAUGAGAAAAAUGAGUGCUUAACUUUGUUCCAUCGCACUAAUUACACUGAUACGGGUGACAUUAGAGCUCACAUUGACAAGCUCAUGGGUUGUUACCAAAAGCUUAAGGGCAUGGGAUUGGAUCUUGGUGAGGAUUACAUGGUGUGGUUUGUAAUGGAAACCAUUCCUUCUCAAUUUGAUUCGAUCAGAUCAAGCUACAAUGCUCAAAAGGAGCAGUGGACCAUUGAGGAGAUGACUGCUAUUCUUGCCAAAGAAGAAGAGGACAUGAAAAAGGGGAGAGCAAGAAGUAUCUCCAUGGUGACCAAUCCAAACAAUUCUCACAAGAGAAAGUUCACUCCCAACAACUCUAGUGACCAAAGGUUUCAUAAGAAGAAAGCCACCAAUCCUAAGGGAAAUGGACAAGCAAGCUCUUCUUCAACUGGUCAUAAGAAUGAGUUUUUCAAAGGAAAGUGCAACUUUUGUCAAUGCUUCGGGCAUAAGAAAGCUGAUUGCCGAAAGCUCAAAGCUCACUUAGAGAAGAAAGGCAGUGACAAGUCGAAGAAGGCCGAGUAGGUUGGAGGAGU